AUGGUUGUAGCUAAGUGCCGCCUCUCUUUCUCUCAACCCCUCUUCAUAUGGCCCAUCUACUUAUUCACACAAUUCUGUGCUCUCGUUUCCUCCAAUGUCGCCCCAGAAGGUGUUGCUACAAGUGGGUUUAGUGAAGCGCAGUCAUCUCCACCACUGGUGCCAGGUGCCGUUUGCAGAGCUACUGAUCUUCAUUCAGUCCACCUUUCUCCUAUCCAACUUGUCAAUUGGUCGCUGUUAGACAUUUACAUCACUGUCUUUACAGUCAGAAAUCUGGCUGACUACGAGGCUUUAGUUCUCGUCCACAAAUACGCCAUAUUCGAGGAUUUAGAGCAUAUUAUGUCCAUGUUCAUACCCAUGCCAAUGCCUGGGAAGCUUCCUCUCCCUAGAUUUUAA